AUGACAAGUGAAGUCAAGCCACUGAAGCUGUACCGAACUGGACCAACCACCAACCCCGUCAAAGUCUGGUUUGUGCUAGAGGAGCUUGGUGUUCCUUAUGAGCUCGUCGAAGUGGCCGGCUCGGAUGUCAAGAAGGAGCCUUUCAUCUCCCUUAAUCCCAAUGGCAGAGUGCCAGCUUUGGUUGACCCGAACAAGAACAUCACUCUUUGGGAGGCAACCGAGUAUGAUCCCGAGGCCAAGCUUCAAUACACUACUUUGCCGGAGAAGUAUACCACUCGAUGCUGGGAGCACUUCCAGAUGAGCGGACAGGGUCCUUACUUUGGCCAGGGAGUUUGGUUCGUGAGAUUGCACCAAGAAAAGGUCCAGUCCGCGAUUGACCGCUAUGUCGCGGAGACGCACCGCAUCUUCAAAGUGGUCGACGACCAUCUCACCAAGCAAGGAACGAACUUCCUCGUCGGUGACAAGAUCACUUAUGCUGAUUACAUGUGGAUACCAUGGUUCUAUGGUAUUGGCUAUGUCCACGUUGGGGAGGACUUUACAGUGUACAAGAACGUGGCGGCCUGGCAGGGGAGGGUGCUGGCUCGGCCUGCUGCUCAAAGGGUUGUGGCUGAGCUAACUGAGAAUGCCAUUGGCCACAUUGAAAGCAAAUCUACCCACCUCUGGACCGCGCUCAAGGGCGGCUUGAACAACUUUGGUAUAGUUACCUCGAUCACGAUGAAAGCCUUUGCUUCCGCCCACAUCUGGAGAGGUGUCACCGCAUACAUGGCCAUCGUGUUCCCGGAAAUGAUCGAGCGCAUCUACGAUUUUGUUCACAACGAGGAUGUUGAAAACACUCAUGUCAUGUGUUCGACCGCCUUCAGCCACGGGCAUAAAGCUGCGAGCUGUGUGAUGUAUCACACCGAGGGCAAAGUCGACCCGCCAUCGCUGCAGUGUUUCUCAACCUUGCAACGUCAAAUGGAGCAUUACUCUACGAGGAGGAAUGCGACAAAUCUUGAAUACACUGCGUUUUGGGCCACGGUGACUAUCAAAGCGGAUGUGGCGUUAAUGAAGGCCUGUCAUGUUGAAUUCGAAGCGAUCCUGGCAGAGAUAAAUGGCGUAGAAGGCUUGAUGAUUGUCUUGGGCUUCCGCCCUUUGACUAGAGCACUUUUGGCGAACUCUACCAAGUCAGGCGGAAAUGCGAUGCAGAUCCCUGUAUCCGAUGGCCCUUUGAUCAUUAUCAUGAUUCAAACCAUGUGGAGCAAUGCCGCAGAUAAUACCCGAAUUUUCCCAGCUUUGGAGGAUCUCAAAAACAAGCUGAAGCAGUUGGCUAGCGAAUCACAACUGCUACACCCAUACAUAUUCACCAACUACGCUUAUCAAAGGGACGAUGUCAUCGCAAGAUAUGGGAAAGAAAGCGUCAAGACGCUGUGGGAGGUUAGCAAGAAGUACGACCCGGUUGGGGUGUUCCAGCGAGCUGUUCCAGGUGGAUUUAAGCUGCCAGAGGUUUGGAAUUGA